AUCGCGGUGUUGCCCUAGCAACCAGGCUGGUGGGACGCGGCGGCGGGGCCUCCAGGCCUCUGGCUGCCUAACCUUGGAACCUUUCACCAGCCCUGCUUGCCUCUAGCACCAUGUCGAUGCGAACGCUACCGCUGCUCUUCUUGAACUUGGGCGGGGAGAUGCUUUACAUCCUGGACCAGAGGCUGCGGGCCCAGAACAUCCCGGUAGACAAGGCCCAAAAAGUUCUGAAUGACAUCAUCUCUACCAUGUUCAGUCGAAAGUUUAUGGAGGAAUUAUUCAAACCCCAAGAGCUCUACUCCAAGAAGGCCCUGAGGACUGUCUACGACCGCCUGGCUCAUGCCUCCAUUAUGAGACUGAACCAGGCCAGCAUGGAUAAGCUCUAUGACCUGAUGACAAUGGCUUUCAAAUAUCAAGUAUUGCUGUGUCCCCGUCCCAAGGAUGUACUGCUGGUCACUUUCAAUCAUUUAGAUGCCAUCAAGGAAUUCAUCCAAGACUCCCCAACCAUCAAGCAUCAAGUAGAUGAGACUUUCCGGCAGCUGACAGAAACAUAUGGCGGUCUCUCUGCUGGGGAGUUCCAGCUGAUCCGGCAGACACUCCUCAUCUUCUUCCAAGACCUGCACAUCCGAGUCUCCAUAUUUCUAAAGGAGAGAGUUCAGAAUUCUAAUGGCCACUUUGUGUUGCCAGUGUCUGGGCCUGUUCCCUGGGGAACUGAAGUUCCUGGAGUCAUCAGAAUGUUCAACAAGAAAGGCGAAGAAAUAAGGAAGAUAGAAUUCAAACAUGGUGGAAACUAUGUCACUGCACUCAGAGAAGGUUCUUUUGAACUUCAUGGAGACCGAGUCCUCAAACUGGGAACUAACAUGUACAGCGUGAAUCGGUCUGUGGAAACCCAUAUGUCUGGAGCAUCGAAGAACUUAGCCUCACGGACACAGGAAAGCAUUCCUCCCAAUCCUCUUGCUAAAGAAGAGCUGAAUCUCUUGGCCAGGCUGAUGGGAGGGAUGGAGAUUAAGAAACCCAGUGGCCCAGAGCCAGGAUUCCGGUUGAAUCUCUUUACCACCGAUGAAGAAGAAGAACAAGCAGCGCUAACCAGACCAGAAGAAUUGUCCUAUGAAGUUAUCAACAUACAAGCUACCCAGGACCAGCAACGGAAUGAAGAGUUGGCUCGAAUCAUGGGGGAGUUUGAGAUCACAGAGCAGCCAAGGUCGAGCGCCAGCAAGGGGGAUGAUUUGCUGGCCAUGAUGGAUGAGUUAUAGAUCUGCUCACCAGGCACACCCCCUCCCCCUACAAAAGGUCUACUGGGAAGGAAAAGCAUAUCAUACUAUAAAACACUUCUUGCAGCAGG